GGAGGUACAAAAAGCUGCCUUUUUCGUAAGCUGGCUAUCUGGCCACCCUGAACAGGAAUGUCAACACAAAUCAGGACGAUUUUCAAAACAAAUGAAUAAACCAGACCUCUCCGACAUAAAUGUCUUGGCAUCCUCGCGUUCUCCAAUCUUGAGGCGGGAUUGGACUGCCUCCAUCCCUCCAUCUCAUUCGAUACUUGAGAAAAAAGAAGAGCGACACCCUCCUUUCAACCUCUCUUGGCAUCCCACCUUCAAGUGUGAGACUGACUAACCACUCAUCCUAUGGCGGAAAUGCGGAAUCCCUUGGACGUCGUCCCACUCGAGGACCAGGCUACCGCUGACCUGAGCCUGCCAUCCCCGCCAUCCCCGCCAUCCCAGCCAUCCCAGCCCCCUGAGCGACCUCCCGCCUUCCCGUUGACGCUCGAUUCGUUCGAGAUGUUUCAUUGCGGUCAAUGCCGCAAGACAUUCAGUUGCCGCACUUCGGCCCGCUCUCAUCGAAAGGCCAACGCUUGUCGAAAUUCUCAGGAAACCACCUGCUCGGCCAAUCAUAAGCACAAACCGAUUAGCCUCAAGUUCGACUCCAUGGCCGAGGCCGAGCAAUGGAGGUUGGGAAAUGAGUUGGAUCGAUAUUUUUCCUUUAAAUCUGGUCAGAAAUUCUACCGGGUUCUGCAUUGCUCUCAAAAUGUCAAGGAUAAGAUGGCCGGCAGCAAAAAGUCCAAGAAAAUUUUCAAUUGUGAUGCCAAAAUCUUCUACAGUCAGAGAGAACUUUGCUUGUGUGAUAAUCAUGAAUCGGAAUGGUGUUGGAACCUAAAACAGCAGGUUCUGGUUUAUGGUUGCUUGGAACAUUCGCAUCCCAUUGAGCGAAACAAGAUUCGCUUGUCCAAAAUCGUCAAAGAUCGAGCAGCAGAGCUCAUUGCCUCCGGUGUUCCUUCGGAUGUCGUUCUAAAAGAAUAUCUUGCACAACACGAGCAAGAUCCGAAUAGCAAACCCUUAGCAUACAGCGACGUCUACCAGAUUAAGAAGAGAUGUAAAUUGAAAGGUUAUGAUGGAAAAGGUGUGAAACACGAAAAGUCCUCCGAUUUGCCAUGUGGGUCAGCUUUCAAGGGGCCCUUUUUUGAAAAACGACCCAAUCAAAUCCCAAAGUUGGAUAAGAUCGAGGGAAGGAUAUGGAACAACGAACAAGAGGAAAUCGAAACAUUUUUGGCGAAGUUCGAGAAAGUGGAGGAAAGCAUGCGCUUAAUGAAAAAUAUCGUAAAGGCUAAUGAUAAGCCCAUCGCAAACAAAAGGCUUUUGAUGGAAUCGUUACGAUUAUCCUUCGACAAUUUAAUCAGUGCUUCUCUCUCACUCUCAGACCAAUAAACUUAACAUGUAGAGGCAGAACAGAAAAUCCGCAGGAG